AUGGCGACAUCGAUUGCCGCCACAAAUGCUGUUCCACCAAAUGCGGAUGAUGGAUCUGCAGAAGACCGAAUUGUAAACGAUGAGUAUAAAAUCUGGAAGAAAAAUACGCCAUUUCUUUAUGAUAUGGUUAUGACACAUGCACUUGAAUGGCCAUCUCUCACCGUUCAAUGGUUGCCUGAUGUUAUUAAGGUUUGUAAAAACAUUCAUUUCAUUUAGAAUUCUCAUAAUACAAAUACUAUUUAGACUGAUGCUACCGAUUAUACAACUCAUCGUCUUAUUUUGGGAACUCACACUUCCGAUGAACAAAAUCAUUUGUUGAUAUCUCGUUUGGCUAUGCCAUCUGAUGAGGCGCAAUAUGAUGCUUCUAGAUAUGACUCUGAAAAAUCAGAAUACGGAGGAUUUGGAGCUGUCACUGGUAAAAUCGAGCCAGAAAUCAAAAUCAAUCACGAUGGGGAAGUAAACCGUGCUCGUUACAUGCCACAAAAUCCAGUUAUCAUUGCCACCAAAUCGCCAAGCGCUGAGGUUUACAUUUUUGAUUAUACUAAACAUCCAUCCGUUCCACAAGAUAACAAAUGUAAACCACAAAUUCGUUUACGAGGACAUUCAAAAGAAGGUUAUGGAUUAUCAUGGAACUCGAACAAACAAGGAUUUAUUUUGUCUGCAUCUGAUGAUUGCACAGUUUGUCAUUGGGAUAUUAAUGCUAGUCAAACUACUGCCGGUUAUCUCGACGCAAAAACUGUUUUCAAGGGACAUACUGCUGUUGUUGAAGAUGUUGCUUGGCAUGUCUUACAUGAUGGAAUCUUUGGAUCAGUUGGAGAUGAUCAUAAAUUGUAAGUUACAACAAACACAAAUAUCUAUAUAAUAAAAUACUCAUUGAUUUUUAGGCUUGUCUGGGAUGUCCGUACACCAAAUCCAGCUCAUUCGGUAGAUGCACAUAGCGCCGAAGUCAAUUGUCUCGCAUUCAAUCCAUAUUCGGAAUUCAUUCUUGCAACCGGAAGUGCUGACAAAACUGUUGCAUUGUGGGAUUUGCGUAAUUUGCGUUUGAAACUUCAUUCAUUCGAAUCGCACAAAGAUGAAAUAUUCCAAGUUCAAUGGAGCCCGCAUAAUGAAACUAUUUUGGCUAGCAGUGGAACUGAUCGUCGUCUUCAUGUUUGGGAUUUGUCGAAAAUUGGAGAAGAACAAAGCCCAGAAGAUGCCGAGGAUGGACCACCAGAAUUGUUGUUUAUUCAUGGUGGACAUACCGCUAAAAUCAGUGAUUUCUCGUGGAAUCCAAAUGAUCCAUGGGUUGUUUGCAGUGUUUCGGAAGACAAUAUUCUACAGGUUAGUGAAAAUGCACAAGAUAAAAUAUAAGCUUCGACUAGCGAAUCAUAUUUUGCAUUUUUUUCUCGAAGUGAAAUUUUUCUAUUUUACACGUUUACGAAAGGGUAACUUGAAAUUUCGAAAUACUUGCCCCUUUUGCAAUAAAUCACGCAUACAAUAUUUCUCAAGUUCACGUAUAAAAAUAUUGUUGCCGAAUUUUGUUAUUUACAGAAAAAACAUGAAAUUUUGCAUUUAGGUGGUAAUUUUUGUGAGUUCUAAAAUUCAUUGCGGAAGUUUUGCUAGUCUACCUCAAUCAAUAUUAUAUUGAUCAUUUAUAGGUUUGGCAAAUGGCGGAUAACAUUUACAAUGAAGGAGAAGACGAUACACCAGCUGACCAAUUGGAACAAAAACCAUAA